UGUGCUGCCACUGAUAGAUAAGGAAAGCGGCUCUUCCGCGCGAGGUCACUGCGCACUGGGACCUCCUUGUCAAGAGUGACAGCGCAAAGGAGGAGGGAGCGGAGCCACGGAGCCGCGGAGCCACGGCACGAGCUCGGAGCGGGACAACAGCGACCGAUAGACCGAGCGGGCGGGCGAGCGCGCGCUCAUUACUUGCUCUUUCUGCGCGGGGUCCUUGCCGUGCGCCGCGCUGCGCUUUCGGAUGCGCUGAUUCGGCACGGAAAUGGAGAACGGCAAGAGUCGCCUGAAGCAGGCGCAAGAGGAGGUGGAGGAGGUGAAGGAGAUCAUGCUGGACAACCUGAACAAGGCAGAAGAACGGACGGGCAAGUUGGGGGAGCUUGAGGACCGAGCCGAACACCUGUUGGAGAUGAGUAAAGGCUUCGAAAAGACGACCCAUAAGUUGAAGCAGCAGAAACGAUGUGAAGCCAUGAAGAUGAAGAUACUACUCGGGGGCAUUGGUGUUUUUGUGCUUUUGGUAAUCAUCAUCGUAGUCAUCUCCGUGAUGGUGCCCAGCUCCGGACAGCAGAACUCCAAUCAAGUCACAGCUCCUAACCCCACGCUGUCUGUUAAAACCUAGCACUGCCGAGAAACAACGCAGCGAGAAAAAGAGAGGAGCAAAGAGACUUAGCAGGGAAUUAUGGCAGGCCUCCUUGAAAAGGUGACAGGGAAUAUUGGCCAGGUUCGACAGAACACAUUUCUCAGCUGCUGAGAGAAAUGCUUUGUUCAUAUAGGGAGCGCUUGGGUUCUGUCCCACAGGAUAAAAUGGUACCAUUGCUUGAGCUGCUGCUCUUUCGCAUUUUUCAGAGGUAGUGCAUAACUUAUGAGCUUACCACUGCCACACCUGUAGGCCACUUCUAAAGAUAGAUUGCCUUUUUUCCAUAAUGCGUCUAGGCAGAGAUGCUGUAAAUCAGAGCCUUAAGAAGCCAGUGUUGACCUCUGUCACAUGAGCAGAAAUGACAAUUAAAUGCACACGGAAGUUCUUCAGUAGCACAGAUUUUGACGCCAGUUUAUUGAACAAGGACAGCGCUGGAGCGAAACAUGAAUAUUGUCACAUCUCAGACUAAAACAUGUACCCCAGAAUAUCAUCAAUAUUCAGAAUUUCAGAAUUGCUACAUGCGUUCAGAUGUGUUCUUAGCCCAGAAUGGGAAAUAUGUGAGAUUAACAGUGUCCCAGUCAUUGUCAAAUGGGGAAAUAUCAGGCAGGGAAUCCACGCUGAUGUCAUUUAUCGAUCUCACUUCUUUGCAGAUAGGAAAUAUUUUGCAGAAUAGAUAAGGACCCGGAACCACGUUCCCCAAGCUUGAAAGAAACAUCAUUGCCUCCUCACUCAGGGACUUGUACUAAGUUCUGAGCUGUACGUCGCUUUGCAGAAAAGCGCCUGCUAAAUUUAUGAAUAAAUGUAAGUAGGUUGGUUGUGUAUUAGCACAGAAAAGACUGGAUUAAUGUGAUGCAUUAACUUCAGGAAUAAUCAUAUCCUUUAGAGGUUAGCACAGAUUUGGUACUUUAAAGUUGCAGAAAAGUAAAGUACAGUAUUCAUAUUUUUUUAAAUACUGGGUGGAGUCAUCACACCUUUGCUGCUGUAUCUGUAUCCUGUCACAGCCAGUGUGUUUUUUUUUUUUUUUUUAAUUUUUCAUGUUAUUCUUCCUUUAAUACAAUAGAUCUUAAGAUUAUUAUUUAUACUCAUUGCUGAUGCUACCAUUGGUUUUGAUUUGUGGACUUACAUGAAUUUAUGUGGCCACCACAAGCCAUUUUUUUGCAUGCCUCUCUGUGAGUGAAUGUAAAAAAAGGUGAAAUAA